AUGCUGGGCUUCAACGUCAACUAUUCACAGUGUCAAAGUGCUAUUCCUUUACAGUCCGAGCUGAGGAAAAAAAGAGAGAGAAUUAAAAAAAAAAAGGAAAGGAAAGUUUCUAGAAAAGGGAUUAAUUCACUUAGUAACGUGAUUCCUUAAACAUACUUCCCACGAAAUAUCCAUUUUGACAAUAACAAGCCUCUCCUACGUACAUGUCUUCGAGCAGGAGGACCUUUAAUCUUCGCAGUUUAACUUAAAGGGAACAAGGACCGCCUGAUCGCAGCUUUUACAUUCAUUCCAGAGUUCCAAACCUUUCACCUAAUCUCUAUAUUCUCAGAACAUAGUGAGUGGCUUAUAUACAGGAAGAUCGAAGGGUAGUCGUAAGAGUUCCUUUGCAAAGCUCGGAAAACAGGUCUCGAGUCGGUAAUCCAAGUAUAUAGAUCAGUUGGCUUCAGUAAAAUUAGAAGAUUUAUUGAGGGCUUAAUUUUUGUUAUAUUAAAAGAAAAGAAAGAAAAGUGGUAUACGAAGGAAAAGAGCUGAAUUUCCGACACUCUGACAGGAACUGUAGCUCGCACAGUGUUAUAAAUGUUCCCCAGAUAAACAAUAGGGAGAAAGAGGAAAUUGAUUCAAAUAAACAUCAGUCAAAAAACAAAAAUACAGCGAGCGUGGUAUCUAUACAGUCUGUGUUAAUUGCAUUUUAAAUAACGCUUUUGCAUGUAACUACAACAUACCAGCCAUCUGCCUCAGAAGAGAACGAAACUAGAUGUUAUAUGUUAUAUGCCCUUUGGGUAAGAAAAUACUUGAAGCUGUCACAUCAAACCAAGAAUAUAUGCAUUUAUAAUGGUGUUGUCUUCCGAGCGCGCAUAUAUCUCAGAGCGUGACUUUCUUUAUCGCUGAUCAGUUUGUUUCGUGCGGAGUAACUUCUGUACGUGAUCACGAAACACAUCCCGCUGUCUCGUGGGUUGUAAAAAAUUGAACAAGAAUUCCUUUUUACAAAAAGUUAAUCAUGCGGGGGCACUCCGAUUUACAUAUUUCUCACUCUAAAAUAAGAAACCGAUGGUUAACCUAAUUUUCACCUUCUUAUACUUUUAAAGUAGCAUUUACAGGCUGAAAAAUUUUAUUGUUCAGAUCAGCAAAUUUUGUACAUUUUUGGUGAUUCAUAUUAACAAACUUCAGUAAGAGAGGCGUCAUUCGCACUGAAUAGUAAAAAAAUUUUCAAAACAAAUAAUAUAAAAGAUAUCCAUUGCUAUAUAUAACUCACUCACACCCGAACACCUGAACAAUAUUUAAAUUGACACGAAUUUUUGAUAGUUCGAGUGAGGACAAAAGGUAUUUUUAAGGUCUGUAAACAUAUUAGUCAGCUCAGCAUCUAGUACUGUAAACGUCCAAGAUGAAUAACAGUGUGUCUAAUCAAUUAUGCCGAUAUGGGUGUUUUUUAAUGGACCUGUCAUCACGCCAUUGUUUGACCUGUCUGUCAAUAAUCUGCAAAUUGAAAUUAUUUAAGCUUGAGUGCAAGCAUCACGUCUCCAGUACAUAACUGGAACGCGCGCGUUCGAAUAAAGAUCUUCAUUUUCCACCGUGCCGUCAAAGGUACCCAAAGAAAUCUGGAAAUUUCUUCUUUCAGGUGAGCGAUAUUUAUUAAGACGAAAAUGCUGAAAGUAAAGUUAAUACGCUCUGCAUACCAUUGAAAGCACCGCACUCUAGUGUCCAAAGUCUCACACCGGUGCGUGAACCGGAGAAAACUAAAUAAUUUUCGCCUGCUAUUUUCUAUUCAUCUAACAGUCUUAACACUUUCAUUUUUUAUAAUGUGGACUUUUUAGAUAUAAGACGUGUGCAAACAUAAAAUAAACUAAAAACGACAUGAUUUAAGACAUAACGAUAAUCGCGAUGCUACACGAAAAUACUAAGUUUACAAGUUCCGCUCGCGUGCACUAGAAAUCAUGAGAAAACGUAGUCACGUUUUGCACACCACCUAACAUGCUAGCACUGAACCAUCGAAUACACCCGAUCGAGUACUAUUCGUCGGUUAUAUUUUUUUUUUCAUUUAAUUCCCAGUUAACACUUUUUAUUUUUAUUUUUUUUUUGUCUAAUGUUUAUAUUUUUAUUUUCUCUGUUUUUCGAUGUAGAAAUAGUGCAAACGUAAAAUACUUGAAACUGCAAUAACCGUACAAGUCUACAUGAAAAUACUAGAUCUUUGACUUGUCUUGUGUGCUCUAGGCUAGACUCAAGCAAAACUUUGUGGCGCUUUGAAACUGUUUGUAAUUUGUAACCGUGCCUUUCUGCCACUGUGCACUGAACUAGUUUGAAUAAAAAGAUUUUUUCUUUUCUUUUUUUUUUUCUUGACGAAAGAAUGUCUUCAAAGUUUUUCCACACUUAUAAGAAUAAUAACGAUCAAUAAAAAUUGUUAUAAUCAUAUAUUAUAUAUUUUAUUUAAUAAUUAUCAUUAGUUAUUCAUAGAGGACCGAGGAAAUUUCAGACCAAAGCAAAGUGCAUACGGUGUCUACAGCAGUGAUAAAAGCAUAUUUAUACCCUUCACUGUAAUGUAUCAGUUAAAUCCAGCUGUAAAUUACUGGACCGGAUUGUAAUUUGUAACCGUGCCUUUCUGCCACUGUGCACUGAACUAGUUUGAAUAAAAAGAUUUUUUCUUUUCUUUUUUUUUUUCUUGACGAAAGAAUGUCUUCAAAGUUUUUCCACUACUUAUAAGAAUAAUAACGAUCAAUAAAAAUUGUUAUAAUCAUAUAUUAUAUAUUUUAUUUAAUAAUUAUCAUUAGUUAUUCAUAAAGGACCGAGGAAAUUUCAGACCAAAGCAAAGUGCAUACGGUGUCUACAGCAGUGAUAAAAGCAUAUUUAAUAUACCCUUCACUGUAAUGUAUCAGUUAAAUCCAGCUGUAAAUUACUGAACCGGAUUUAUUAUUUUUCUCAGUCAAGACAGUUUGAAAGCUUGUUAAGACGAUGGAAUUCCUCCCAAAAAGAGAUCUAUCACCAAGCAAUGUACCGCAGUGUGAAGGCCAAGUGUAAGGGCGACAGUGUUAUAGAUUUGGCCGGCUUCUUUAAAGUUUCCAAAAUCUUUAAUGUUGUCCCCGAACCGCACUCUGUUCAAAACCCUUUUUCCAUGGAAACCAAGGACAAGCAGAUGAUAUGGCCGAUUAAUUUAGAUUUUUGUUCAAAACAAAAACGUCUGAUAUUAGCAGUUUAUUUUGAUCGGGAAAAUUGAAACAAUUACUGCAUCCUUAUUGUUAUAUAAUUAUAUUGAUUUCCACGUUCUUCGUGUCUGUGAUAUUAAUUCGACUUUUUUGGUGCCGUUUUAGUAAAGUAACUGCAACAAACCGCUUCGAAAAUACGUCAGUUUUAUGUUCAAUCUCUUUCAUUUUUUACAAAAGAUCUGUGUUCUUUCCCCGAAACUAGGCAGUAAAUAUAUGAACAGCAUAAAGUCCGACAGAGACGCUCUUGAUCUACCUGUAUAAAAAUUUAUACGCGGACGUGGGGCCGAAUAAACAACUUUCUGUACAACGCUGUGUCCGUAGUGAGGAAUUAGUAGAGUUCCUGCCCGUAUUCACACUGAAAGCAUAUUUAUAAAAGCACAUCGAAUCAAAACAUCAGAACCCCAAGCCUAAAAGCAAAUUACAAAUUUUAUUAAGCAAAUAUAUGAAAUAAUUUAUGCGGUUCUUAUUGUUUUAGUUACGGACAGACGAUUCUAUAUUUGACUUUAUGUUAUAUUGUUGCCGUUUGUGUCAACUUUAAGCACAAAACCUUUUCUGACACAUUGCCCUUGGCCAGCCUUCAGGCUGUACCAGUGUAGGUCACGGCAUGUGUAGUUUAUUGCUUAAUGGUUUACGUUUUUCGUUUAAGUUUAUAUUUUUGCUGAUGACUUCACUAUUUUUCUUUAAUUUUAAUACUGGCAUCUUUCGUGCGGACCGAUCUAAAGCAUCACUCUGUCGCAGUAACAUCGCGCGAUCAAUAUUCAGUAUAAUAGCUAUUCUGUAACAUACAAAACCGAAAGCUUACAAACAAAGUGGACCGAAAACUGAACUAUCCUUCAAGUCCUGGUUGAGAUUACGUAAUUUGUAAAGACCGCAAUAAUUUCCCAUCGUGCAUUCUCUCCCCUGUUCCAUGGAUACUGGAAUGUUUCUUGCGCAAUAUCCAUGUCACGUUUUAAAGUACCUCGAUGUUGUUGGCUUGUGUCUUUUCUUAUCUCUUCCCAAUAAAUGAGCCAACAUUAAUUUGCCAUCCAUCUGAUAUAUAUUCAUCUGUCCUUUCGCUAAACUGAUUUCACUGUCGCCUCACUAAACUGAACACUCCGCCGGAAAGUUUGCACUGUUAUCUAAUCGCAUAUAGACAUCUCUCGAAGGAUUUGGACCAUUUCCUUUAAAUCCUUUUACCUUUAGCCUAAAGCAAUUUGAAAGAAAAAAUAAACAAAAAUUCAAGUGGUGUCAUAUCCUGUUUAAGAAUUUCCUGCAAAUUUCGGCUUUUGCACUGUCGAAACAGGCUUGAUGAGCAUAGUUUACUGAGGAAUACUAAGGAGGAAGUCCCAGCUAGAAGCUACACCAGUAAAACAAUUUCAAAUCCGAAUAAUGGCUGCAUUCAUCAUAGAGACGUUGCUUACACCGUAAACCAAGAACAAAAGAACAGUAAUACAAAUUGCCAAGAAAAACAAAGUGAGAAGAGAGGAGAAUAACUUCUUCCUUGGUACACCGGUAACCAGUCAGUCAGUGUAGAAUCAUGAUUGUUCUUGGCCUCGCACCUGUCUGGACUUUGAAUUUAAGAUUACUAAUCAUAAACCGCUUAUAAUAAUCCACAAUUUAAAGGUCAAUCUCCAGCAUGUGCUUGCAUUUGAGUUCACAACUAUUACAAAAUUAACUUUUUUUUUCUUUUCUGAUCAUGCAUCAAAGGCCGUCGCUCAGCAAUAUAGACUGAGUUUAUCACGCGAUAGAAGCAAUUUAAAAACUGUGAACUGAUUUUGGCAAAGUAUUGUUAAAGCAGUUCGUCGCCGCGAGUUUUUCAUUCGCAAAAAUUCCGUACUCUGAAUAGGACCAUUUUUCAGGGUUAUCGCGAAUUUCUGAAAUGACUCCCAUUUAAAGUAUUCUGGGUGGUCGCCAAAAGUAGGACUUUGAUAAUGAAAUCUGAUGUGAUAAGGCCGCGUACGUAUAACCAAAUCUGGCAUCAUUUUUCAUUGCAGAAAUGAAGAUCAUUGCAGACACCAAUUGCCCCGCUGAGGAAAAUUGCUCGAGACGACAAAACGUUGGAAAAAAUCCGUUCAUGCUUCCUGAUAAAAAAGGAACCGUUUUGAAAACGUCAUCAUCGUUCACAUGCUCAUCAAACUUGUCUCGAUCUUAUGUGGAGCAAGUAAGCAAUGUAUCAUGGUACAGAACCAAAUGUGGCCGACCUCGUUCUAAUUCCUACCCGUUUAUAAAACGUUGGAAUCCGUUACCGAGGGUUAUAGAAGAAGAAGAAUCAGUGGAAGAGGCGCCAAAAGAAGCGCACCGUUGUGUUUCCAAUGUGCAUGUUCAGACGAUAAACUGGGCGGACAACAAGCUAUCAGAGGAGUGGCUAUCCAAAAUAAAUUUAUUGAGGUCGACUUUGAUUGCGGCUCCAGUAAUUAAAGUUAGACGAAGGCGUUCGCGCUCGAACUCUUUUCCAUUCAUUAAACGUUUGCAUCAGCUACCUUGUGUAACAGAAGAAGACGAAACUACAGAAGAUGAAAUUACAACACAGCUUCAGCAAAUACAAAAGGUUAAAAGGACUGACAAGCUUUCGCAUGACUCGCUUGAUAAGAUUAGUACAGAAAGCUUUUCUCUGUCAAUUACUGACAAACCUCGAGGGCCAUUUCAUUCUGUAAACUAUCCCUUGACAAAGUUCACCGGGGCUGAAAAGCAAGUAGUAUUAGAGGAUUCGCGUCAGAACGCGUCUUUAUCAUUUGAAAGGGCAGUGAUGAGACUCACAGAUCAAGAAAGCAGCGAUCCCGCUUCUUCGAAAAAAGACAGCUCUACAUUCCGCAAGCCAGACUCGACCUACAUUUCAUUGAUCAGCGGUUUCAUGCAUGAAACAAAGGAAGGAGCACCACACAGCGGAACGUAUUCUUAUACAAGUGAAUCUCUCACCUCUGAUUGUAGAAAACAGAGUAGGGCGAAAAAUUGUAAGACUCUGAAAUGCAUUGCAUUUUCACCAAGGAAACUUUUGUGUUCGAACGGACGACAAAACGUUCAACGUGAGUUGUCUGGAAGUUCAGAGUAUAUCCCGCUGCAGAUGUAA